AAAUAAUACGUUGUUUUAAAUAAAUAUGAUGUAUUAAAUGUAUUGAUAUUUGUAAACGUAUGAGAUACGUCUCGAUUAUAUAAACAUUCCAGUUCAAAAUACGUGUAGUGGAAAUUAUCGUUAUAUUUCGCCAAUAAUAUGGUGAUGGCAGGGAACGAUAGCACUCCUGGAUCUUUAGCAGAAGAUUCAUUGUCCACAAGAUUACAAUGGCUUCGUCAACGUCGAGAAGCACUACAAGAAAAAUUAGCUCAAAAAAAUAAUGAACUUAAAAAUCUAUGCGUAGAGGAAGCGGAAUUGACUGGUGUUUUACCACCAGAAAUUCCAUUAGAACCUGGAGAAAGCCCACCAGUAUUUCGUAAAAGAGUUGGGACAGCAUUUACAUACCCACAGAAUUUAAUUAACAAGCUAAAAACAAAUGAAGUUGAAGAAUCUGCUCUGGAAUUAGAACGACAAGUUCAAAUUGGUAUAGUGGAGGCUGCAUUAGGAAUUGUAAAUGACCCUGCAGAAAGUAAAGCAGUUCGCCGUAAACAUAGACUUGUUUAUCAACAGAGUCAGCGUAGGCUUCAAGAAUUGGAAGCUAGACUGAAUUUUAUAAGACAAAGUCGCAGUAAAGCGCAUAAUCCAACACAGUCCCAACAUUCUAGCAUUUCUACUACCCAAUCACAUUUGCAUACCAAUGUAAAGCAUAGAACAAAGAAACCUCGUCCACCGCUAGACAGUACAGUAAAUGAUGUAAAUAUGAAAGUCACAAGAGGAUUGCUUCAAGAGGGUGGUAUAAGCUUAAGUCCAUUGGGAUCAGAGGAUAAGUGUAACACAUAUCCUGGUCAUGGGUAUGAUGAUCAGUCACUGAUACCUAAUACAUAUAAUCAUACUCAUAAUCAUAAUCAUAUUAGUACGUAUUGCACUGCGAUUCCUGAUCAAAGGCAGAAUAUUAAAAUAAUUGAACAUGACCAUAACGAUAAUCAAAAUGUUUACAUAUUACCUGACCAAUAUCGUACGCGUACGUAUUCACAUGGAAGCGGUGGUUCGCGUAAUCAAAAUCAUUAUCAAGAUAACGAACGAAUAUAUCGUCCUGUACCAAAUACAUAUACCGAGGACGAACGUCAAUUACGAUAUCGCCAGUUUCAACAGCAACAAUUACAAGAUCAAAUACAUAAUUAUCAGCAAUAUUCCGACUAUAAACACUUGGACAAUGAUGUUCAGCGAAGAUCGAGUCAAGAAUAUUAUGAAAGAGAUUUUCGUACAUUACAUUAUACGCAUCUACCAGAAUUUCCAGUAUAUCAUAAAAAUAAUUCUCAAAUGCAACCUUUACUUAGACGAGAUCGUGAUUCUAGUGGAAAUAAGAAUGUACGAUAUGUGGAUUCACCUAGUGAGCCACAAAUACCCUCAGGUUAUUGGAUGCGAUGUGACGACGAAAUUGUUUGGUGUCCGGACGAUCAAUCUGCUUCAGAUAGAUUCGGUAGCUUGGAUCGAAGGAAACGUAAUGCUGUACAACAUACUGGUAGUAUUGGAACCGACAUGCAACCUCGAUAUCGUACAGUAGCUGUAGGAUGCACUAAAAACUCUCCUUAUAUCGCGCCUCAUCAAAAUGCCUCUGUUCAUUUGCUUCCGCUGUCGGAGCAACCAUCAACGAACAAGAUGUUACUUCGUACGCAAUCAUUGGGGAGCGUAGAGAAAUGGCACUCAAACCAUUUACACGAAUUGCAUGAUGGUAAGGAUACAACAGAUAAUGUUAGUCGCAAAGGAAGAGAAAAAGAAUGGUAUGAAACUUGUUUGGAUUCACGUACAAGUCCAGGAUUAGAUACUAAUUUAAUAUCGUCACAUAAAAGCAUGCACUACCAAUCUACUCUUCCCGUAUGCUCUAAAGCGCCUUUGAGCAACAAAUGCGACGAUGGAAGAAGUAAUUACCUAGCUGCGAUGAAUCAUCGUAAAACUGAUGUAUUAAUAACUGAAAAUGAACAGCAUUUACAACCAUUGUCACCUCGUUACGAAUCAACACGAAAGAAAGUACUUGAAAUUCCAGCUGAAUCAAAGCCGCUACAAGAAACAAGCGAAGAUACGAUAAUAUUGGGAUCAGCUCAGAACUGUACAAUUGUCCAAGCUGGGAAAUAUCAACCAUACAGAGAAGUUACAAAACCUUUUGAAAUGUCUGACUUUUAUAAAUAUUCUACUAAAUUUCGCAAAAGGAACGAAAUGAACGGACAAAGUGCUUCAAAUGAAAUUCAAGAUGAUUCUCGAGAAACAAAUGAUGCAGAACCUGAUACUUCAAAUACCAUACAUAAUGGAUCAGUUGCUGGUUCAGUACAAAAAAGAAUCUAUCAACCAGUUCAACGAAUGACAUGCCAGCCUUAUCUUGCAUCAUUGAGAUAAUUUUUUGUUCGCAUAUAGAUUAUGAUAAAUUUAAACAAAUAAGGUAAACCAGGUCAGAUAGGCUGGACCUGUCUAGAAAAAUAUUUCUAAUCUACUUUUAAUUUGUAACAGACUGAGAUAUGAUAUACUAAUAGAAUCAAUUUCUAUUAUAGCAACAGAUGUGGUCAACAGAAUUUCAUGACAUUGUAAUGCAAUUUUUUUAUUUUUUUAUUUCUUGGUCCAGUUGAAAAGUAAUUAAUUCAGUACUGCUAAAUAGUCGCAGUAUUGUUAAAAAAACGUAUAAUUGUAUACACGUUAAGUAAGAUGUUACAUCUUAUAGAAAAUUUAAUUGAGUGGCAGUUAAACGUAGCUUAAAUAUUAAUUCAGUGUUGAAGUUUAACUAGUGCCUUAUUUUGAUUCAAAAUUAUUACUAAAGUUAUACAAAAUUGUUUACAAACUAAACGUAUAUGUACGUUGAAUUUAUAAAUAACGAAUUAUUAGAACGAUGGCGUUGUGAACGCAAAACUAACUUAAAACUUUUUUGUUAUUUUAAAACUAAGCUGAAUAUAUGAUAUACAUAUAGUCGCAAUCUGAUAAAAAAUGUACCAAAAUGCUUUGAUUCGUAACAUAGAGAAUUAAUAUUUUUAUAACUGAUUUUAUAGAAUAUUUACAUAGAAAAUAAAGUAAAGAAUUAAAAGCACAUUUAAAGUAAAAGAAUAAAGUUGCUGAAGUAUGAAGCACUGAGAAAUAAAAAGUACACCCAUAGAUUAGGUACUAAUAAUAAGAAUAGUUCUUUGGAUCAUAUAUUUUAAUAUAUUAUAUAUUCAUGGAAAUAGUUUUUUACUAUUUUGCAUCAUCUAAAAUAGAUGGUAAGAAAACGCUAAAUUUCAUUAAUUUGAACAUUUCCGACUUUAAGCGCCAAAGAUUCGAAUGAUGUUUCAUGAUGCUUUGGUUAAAAAUGUUUUGUAUUUAUUUAAAUAGAAUUUAUACGUGUUUCGAACAGUAUAAUGAAAUUUAUAUUCAGUUCAAUGAUAUGUUCAUGAAUGUACUGUGCACCGAUGACAAGAUGUCCUAUGAGAUGCACGCAUUUGCAUUUGUCUCAUGGGACAUCUUGUCAUCGGUGCACUAUACAUUCAUCUUAAUUUUACUAAUUUUACUUUAAGCUGAACAUUUAUUUCGAUUAAAAUUUAUUUUCCAGAACUAGAAGUAAUGCAUAUUAAAGUUAAUGAUUAAUUUAUACCAACGAUAUGAACUCAUAACAAAAAUAAAUGAUUCACGCUUUAGUUAAUAUCUAUCAU